AUGGAUGACGGUCGUGUGGGCGGCCCGUUGAUCCGGCCCCUCAGCUACUACCUUCAUUACAACCACAAUUCGACGGAGAAGUUGCUGCUGGAGGCCGACCUGCUCUUCAAUGAGCUGCAAUCCUCCUCGUCUCCGACAACCGCGACUCGACUCCUGACCAAGACCAGGGACCCGCUGCCCAACGCCGCCGCCGCCGCCUCGGAGCCAGCGGCCACGACCAAGACGAAGGCGAGGAAGCCAGCAGAGGCCACCGUCACCUCCACCGCUGCCGCCCCCACCAAACGGCAACGAGUGGAGCAAGGAGCGGAGGAUGAGCGCUACGAACGAGUUGAGGUCUCCGAGCUCGAGCAGGCCUCGACCGGGCAAAUAGCCGAGCCGAGCCGAGACAGCGACAGCGACAAGAAGAAGAAGAAGACCAAGGAGCGGAAGAGCAGGGCAGCAGAGAAGAACACGAAAAAGGACGAAAAAGAGAAGGCCAAGGGGAAGCGAGCAAGAAGAUCGGCCGAUGAAGCGCGCCAAGAGGACGAAGAGGAGGAGCCCAAGAGGCGGCGUAGGAUUCAGCGGACGGAAGACAAGAAGGCCGGACAGGCGAGGCCCACCACCUCCUCAGACGGGCGUUGGAAGACGGGGAAAUACGUGUGCGCUGAACACUUUCGGGACAAGUGCGCCACGUGUACGGAACGCACGCCCGUAUACCUCAAGUAUGGCAUCACGUUCACCCGACCGGGCGGUCUGGUGCGCCAGGAAGUGCUCGACAGGCGACUCGAGGUGUCGGCGGCCGUGGUGCAGCGGAUGAUGAAGGAGCUCGACCAGUCGGAGUCCACCGUACGCAUCGCGGCUCUCAUCGACCGCGAAUGCGCGCGACUCGGCUACGAAGAGAAGUGCAAGCCGUCGGCCGAGGUGGUGCACCAGCGGUACCGAUGGGCGCGGUACCGGCAGCUGAAGUUUGACUCCGCGGUGGAGCUCCCCACCGAGCACAUGAGGCUGCGGAGGCGCCUGCAGCUCGAGGCCAUGGAGACGCUCAUGCGCGAGGACAUUCCGCUGGCCGACCUGGACCAGGGCUGGGUGGUGGCCCGCAUCGCGCACCUGUGGGAUCAGGUCAAGGACCAGCGCCGCGGGAUCCACUACACAAAGUCCACGAUCGUGUCCACCAUCUACAACUGGGUGCGGCGGACCUACUCCAAGCCCGUGCCGCCGAUCUUCCCACCGAUCGACAGACGGUUGUCCAAGAAGCGGAAGAGGAAAGCCAAGAAGCGGAAGAGGAAAGAGGAAAAGCGAAAGGAGGAGAAGAUGAACAAAAUGGAGGAAGAAGAGGAGGUGCAGAGCCAAUCAGACGACGGCAACAACGACAACGACAACGAAGACAGUGAAGACACCGCCGUCAACGACGACCCAGACAAUAAGAACAUCACUUACGAUGAGGACACGGAGGACGAAGGACUUGCAACUGGCAUGGAGGUGAACAAGGCGGAAGAGGAGGGCGAGGAGGAGGAGAAGAAGAGGCAGAACGAGAGUGCCACGAGCAACCGAAGCCGAGGGGGGGACGUGGGUGGGCGAGAGGCGGCGAUGUCGACCCUUUCUCCUUCGGCCGGCGGGAAGGUAGAGACGACCGUGCGUGAGGGUCUCACCGGCCGAGAGCUAGUUCUUGCACGACGCCGGCACGUGAUGCAAACGCUGGACUUGCUUCUCGCCUCCCAACUCGACGAAUGA